ACAGCAGUAUGCUCGAAAUCGAAUCACAGGCUCGAACUCGAUGCAGCUUAAGGAAGCGAGGAAUUAUUCUUCAUCGAAAUCGACACAGACACGUGCUUGCACGUCCGAGCGCAGAAAAAGGAAAAUCUAUCGCAAAAAAAUUAGCAUCCAAAACGUUCGACGACCAGCGACCAUGCACUUUUUGAAAAACCGACCCUGCAGUGCAAUUUGACCCAUAUUCGCGAGCCGCCCGUAUCUUCCGGUAAAACAUAAACGAGCUCACCAAAAUCUGAAUUUACUUCGCAACAAAAUUCCUAACAUUCCAGAAUAGGCGGGUGAAAGAUUGAUGGAAGUACAUAGAUACUUUUUAGAUGUAGAAGUUGUCUGUUUCAGUUUCUCAUUUCGAGUGUGUUGCAAGAGGAGCUACUGCAUUUUUUGAGAGGUUCCGGUCCGCAUUUCCACUAUUGCUAGCGUUUUGUCGCGUUAUUUGCAUCAUCGUUUGUGUUUGAGGAGUCUCCAAAAUCACAGGCACUUUAAUCAAUAUCGAACGCUAACGAAAAUGACAUCUUCAAUCGCGAAGCAGUUGCUCUCAAAGCAGUUGAUCGAGCUGACAAAGGACGAGGCAAACGGAUUCUCAGUCGGGCUAGAAGACGACAGCAAUCUGUUCAAAUGGAGGGUUUGUUUCGAAGGACCACAAGACUCGCUCUACGAAGGAGGUCUUUUUACGGGUAUAAAAAACUGGCUGUAAAGUAAAGCUUGAGGUUGAACUUCCUAGAAAGCAAAUGUUUAUUUAUGCGCAUUUUUUUACUGCGCUUGUUAUUGUUUUGAUGAGUGUGUCCACCUGACUUUUGCCAUGGUGAAAUGCAGAUCCGAAAAAUCCGAACGGGAAAAAUGAGUAUGGAUGUAACGCGUUUCAAAAACUAUAUAUACUCACAACCCUUCAACACCACUGCCACAGCACUACUGACAUUCCCCACGGAUUUCCCGAACUCGCCACCCGACAUGGUGUUUGAGACCGAGCUCUUCCACCCGAACAUCUACCCCUAUGGCGUUCUCAAACGUUACAUUCUGAACUGUUACAUGAAUUUGUGAUGCAAGAAUGGCAAAACUACAAGGGGAAAGAUUGCGCCUUUUGCAUGACAGAUUUGGAGCACAUUGCCAGCCUAUUUGGCCCUUCGGGAAUUUGUCAUGCGAAGCAGCUUGAUUGUGUCGAUUCUGAUUGAAAUUUUGCAUGACAAAUCAUGUAACAGUUGAGAAUGUAACAUUUGAGAACGCCAUAACCCCGACGGUAAGGUCUGCAUUUCUAUCCUGCAUCCUCCGGGCACGGACGCAUUCAACGAGCAGGAAACCGCCGACGAGCGAUGGCGACCGAUACUGGGAGUGGAGAGCAUUCUGAUGAGCGUGUUGAGCAUGCUGUUGGACCCGAACCCGGACAGCCCGGCAAACGCAGACGCGGCCGUGAUGUACCGCGACAACCGGGAUCAGUGGAAAAAGAAAGUCCGGGCGUUGACCAGAAAAUCCGUGGAGGGGUGAGAUUUUGUUCAACUCGGAAAUAUUAAAGUAGAGAGUGGUUGAAAUCUUGAUUCUUGUUGUCGGAAGUUUAUUAUUCAAAGGGACGCCGGCUGCAACUGCGCGAUAGUGGAAUGUAUGUUGUUCGUCGCGGUCCUACUAGAAGGAAAUAAAUGCACAAAAAAAAAUUGAUGUCGAAGUAGAUCAUGCAACGACAACAUCGUUUACGUUUUUGUUGGAUAUACAAGAAAACAAAAACAAAUCUGACGAAGAGCAACUCUUGCAGCUUGAGAACUUCUACCACAAACAGAACUAGAAGAAGAAAAGUGUAAGUUUCGGCGUUUCUCCUUUCUUGAAAACGAAAAAAUGUGUAAACAUUUCUUUUCUUAUUUGCGUACUUUUCCCUUAAAGACAGAACUAUGCCCCUGCCAGAAACAAGGUUCAGCGGUAAUUCGUGUCUGCCUGAGAAACUUGAGCUUCAUCCUCCGCAGCGACAACCUGUUUGUUGUUUCUGCGGACGCCUCAGUUCACAUUGAUUGUGAACAGCCAUUGACUUAUGACCUGAUACGUUUACCCCGAGCUUUACGUCAUCUUCUACCCUGGACUUAUACUUGUAGUUAAGAGAACUCGCUCGCAGCUUCGCGCGUAUUUGUAUUUGCAAAAUUUAUACGAAAGUCAAAAUGCCUUCCGGUUACUUAGUUGUCCAGAACUGGACUAAAUCUAAUAUCCGCUCCCGGGUAGAGCGAUGAUAUUAUGGUGCUUUACUGUUGAGCUAGAGCUUCCUUUGACGCUAUACAGACGAAAUGGACCACUUUCAUUGUUGGAGACGAUGAAGAGGAUGCAACAAGAAUGUUGAUGAAAACCACUCUACUUGCGCCGCGACAAAAACGACAACUACUUUUUAAUUGCAAAGAUCGAUCACCUCGAUGAAGGACGAAAAAUUGAAUGAGAAUGGAAAGAGUUUCUGCUCAAGGACGAUGUUUCUUUGGACUUUAUCGUGCUAAGCGCAACCCACCGAGAGCUGCGCAGGAGUUGCACCAGAUGGAUUUUGCAAGUACAAGCUCGUUCGGCUUUGCAUCUCAGUAUGGUUUCUUUCGUUAUAAUAUCUCGGGUCAAAGAUAGGUGAGCAUACUUAUUAGAGCAGCUCUGCUUCGUCGAGGGUUUGGGUUUCGUUGUCGUUAAAUAAGAGAACCGCAGAAGAGACUCCUCUCGUAUUGGGAUUUGGGCCGUCGUAAAUCAUACUCCAC